AUUCGCGCCCGACGGCUGUCGUGAAAUGAGACGAACACGGAGGGCGUAGGGAAGGAGGAGGAGUAACGCGAUGCUGAGCGGGGGGGAAGCCUAAAGCCAUUCCCCCCCCCCUCCCCGGUCUCCCAGUCCUGCUCUUCGCUGGGAUUGCGCCGGCCGCACCCCCUUUGCUUCGAAGCCUCGAGGCAGCGCCUCGGCUAUGUAGGGAAAGCCGAAUUGGGGAGGGAGGGAGGGGGGCGGAUUUCAAGGCCGCGGCUCUCUCCUCCCGAGUUUUCGGGGAGGAGAGGGGGCGAGGGGUCCCCGGCGGCGAUUGGUGCACCAACAGCCCGAGGACCGGGAACCGCGACGACCCGUCCCCGAGCGCUCGGCAGUCGGGAUGUUCUCCAAGAAGCCGCACGGCGAUGUGCGGAAAUCCACCCAGAAGGUGCUGGAUACCCGCAAGGACCCACUGACCCGGCUGAAGCACCUGCGCGUGGUUAUCGAGAAUUCAGAAUCUAUUGACCUUAAGCAGUUUUUUGAAUUACAUUUUUCACAUAUAUAUUACGUGUUUUUUGAAAAUUUUGUGACUAUUGAAAUAAGUCUGAAACAGAAAGGUCACAAAUCUCAAAGGGAAGAACUAGAUGCUAUACUUUUUAUUUUUGAGAAAAUUUUACAACUUCUUCCAGAAAGAAUUCACCAGAGAUGGCAAUUUCACAGUAUUGGCUUAAUUUUAAAGAAAUUACUUCACACAGGGAAUUCUUUAAAGAUUCGUCGUGAAGGUGUCCGUCUAUUCCUCUUAUGGUUGCAAGCACUUCAAAAUAAUUGUAGUAAAGAACAGCUGUGUAUGUUUUCUUGUUUAAUCCCUGGAUUUCCGCCACCACAAUCUGAACAUGGUCCUCAGACUCUAGAUAAUCUCAUAAACCCUGUGCUAAAUGUACAAGAAACACAAGUGACUGUAGAAGAAAUUACUCCACUUGUCCCACCACAGUCAGGAGAUAAAGGCCAGGAUGAUCUGACAAGCUAUUUUUUAGAAGCACUUUUAAAAUACUUAGUAAUUCAGGUCAAAAGUCUGGAAUGGAAGAACAGAGAAAAUCAAGAAAAGGGAUUUUCAUUCUUAUUUUCACAUUUUAAGAAAUAUUACUUGCCUUAUAUUUUCCCAAAUAUGUGUAAAGAAAACAGCUUGUAUAACCCAGUCCUCGAUAUGCCUCAGAUGAGACCAAAGCCACAUUAUGUAAUCAUGAAGAAAGAUGCUGAAACAAAUGAAACAGUAUAUUGCACAAAGGAACCUUUCCUUAAAGCUCGCGUUAUUGUCAUCAGAUGGUUGGUGUCUUUCUGGCUUGAGCCAAAACCUCCUGCAGGACCUCAGAUUCCUGGAAUGGAAGGGGAAAUUGUGCCAAAGAAUAUUCAGAGAGCAGCUGCUACCUUGGCAUCCAGAGAAGACAGCAAAAGUGAUGCCACUGAUAGAUCUGAUAGAAAUCCAGAAACUGAACAAUCUCAUUCUAACACAAGCACACUGACUGAAAGAGAACCGAGUUCCUCCAGCCUUUGCAGUAUUGAUGAGGAGCAUCUUACAGACAUUGAAAUAGUCCGAAAAGUUUUUUCUUCUAAAAGGAGUAAUGUUAACUUUCUCACAGAAAUAUUUCGUCAGGCAUUUUUACUGCCAAUAUGUGAAGCAGCAGCGAUGAGGAAAGUGGUUAAAGUAUAUCAAGAAUGGAUCCAACAAGAAGAAAAGCCAUUAUUUAUGAAAGAACCAGAAGAAAUUGUUAUAUCGUUGAACAUAGACAGUGAUGAAAACAUUGCAGAACAUAAUUCAUCAGAGAAAGGAAAAGAAAGAGAGGAGGAAAGUACAGGUAGUUCCUGUCCUAUUCGAAAUUCAAACUGGACAAGAAAUGGUUGUUAUCAGGAAGUUCCCUAUAAAACAUCUGAGUUGGACAAUCUGGAACAAGGUAUACGAGCUGGAAUACAAGCAGUACUACAAGUGUUUAUAACAAAUUCCUCAAAUAUAUUUCUUCUUGAGCCAGCAAAUGAGAUUAAAAGUUUGUUAGAUGAGCAUACAGAUAUGUGUAAACGCAUUCUUAAUAUCUACCGCUACAUGGUGGUACAAGUGACAAUGGACAAGAAAACUUGGGAACAGAUGCUGCUUGUGCUGCUCCGAGUAACAGAAUCAGUAUUGAAAAUACCAUCUCAAUUUUUUAUACAGUAUCAAGGAAGAAAGAAUUUAACUUUAGCAGGAAGACUUGCUGGUCCUCUUUUUCAGACUCUUAUUGUAGCUUGGAUCAAAGCAAAUUUAAAUGUGUACAUUUCCCGAGAACUUUGGGAUGACCUUUUAGCAGUAUUGUCAUCACUGACAUAUUGGGAAGAGUUGGCCACAGAGUGGUCAUUAACUAUGGAAACUCUGACAAAAGUAUUGGCUAGAAACCUCUACAGCUUGGAUCUCAGUGAUCUACCACUCGACAAAUUAAGUGAGCAGAAACAAAAAAAGCAUAAGGGCAAAGGUAUUGGACAUGAGUUUCAAAAAGCAUCUGUGGACAAGUCAUUUUCGAAAGGCUGGAGCCGUGAUCAACCUGGGCAGGCCCCAAUGAGACAGCGCAGUGCAACAACUACGGGAUCUCCAGGAACAGAAAAGGCCAGAAGCAUAGUGCGACAGAAAACAGUUGACAUUGAUGAUGCUCAAAUCCUCCCACGUCCAUCUCGCAUCAGACAUUUUUCACAGAGCGAAGAAACUCCUAGUGAAGUUUUCGAUGCACUGAAUGAGGAGCAGCCACUUCCAAGAAGUAGCAGCACAUCUGAUAUACUGGAACCAUUCACUGUUGAGCGAGUCAAAGGUGCAGUUCCUGUCAUUGACGGUUCAUCCCAUCAUGCGCCAAGCUUACAGAGUUCCACAGAGGCCUCUUCAAUAUGUAGAUCCACUGAAAGUCACAUUACCGAUACAAAUAGCAGAGAGUCCUCUCUGGAAGUUGGGGAUAGUAUUUAUGAUCAUCUUUGUCAGUUGGUAGGCCCUGUAGAACUUGCAGAUGCAGCUUUUGAACAAAACGAGUAUGUUGACCUUGAAGGUGAAGAUGAUCUUCUUUCAUCUCUGAGAGAAUAUUUUAAAGAAAAAGAAGAAUUUUUCAGUAGCAUUGAGAUAGAUAAGCGUGGGUCUUCUCCUCAUGAAUUUGUUGCAGGAAUAAGUAGGAGUGAUAACUUGCCAUUGGAUGAAGUAGAGUGUACAGACCAGACUGUUGCAAGUUGUACUAUUGUUGCAGAAAAUACCAAUAAUACAGAACUACAAUUGGAACAAAAUCAAACUGGCUUUAUAAGUAAUAUUGCACCUACACAAGUAGAUACUUCUACAAGAAACCAAGCUGAUAAUGCUAAACAAUUAAAUAUUGAUAAUCACACCCAAAAUCUGCUUGAUCCCAGGUCAAGUAUCCCUAUUGACAAAGAAAGGAAGAGAUAUUUGUACAGACAAAUUGCCACUGAUGUAGAUGUAUCUGUGGAAACAGUGUUAGCUGAAAAACAUAAGAGUGCCCUCUUUAAUGAAAAAAUAACCAACACAAGUGUUAUGCAUGCAAAGAAAAUGCCACAUAAAGCCUUAGUUAACCCUGAAAUGCUUCAACUUACAGGCAUGAGCAAAGUGACACCAACUAAGAGAAGUAUAUCUGAAACAGUAACUCAUAAGGCUAAAAUCAUGAAAAUAGCAACUAAAAAGCGAAACAGUGUCCAUGUUACUUUUAGGCCAUCUACUGAAUGUGUUCAGUUUUAUAAUCCUCUAGAAAACAAAGAGGCCCCAUGGAAAGCAAGACUGCGUAAACUCAGUGGUUUCAGUAGUGGGACCAAUAGCAGCAGCAGCAGCAAUACAAGCACAAGCACAAGUACCAGCUCAUCCUCUGGGGCUGUGCUGGUCAGACCUGGAAUCUAUAGGCAUCUAGAUGCAGUCAGUGCAACAUCUGCUAAUAGUAAGCAAAAUAAAGAAUCAGGAGAUGUUCCAGCAUUCCCGCUGCAGAAGGAAAGUGUUGGAAUAAAUCAAAUGUCUAAUCGUAGCCCACCUAAACCAUCAAAUCAGGAGUCGGGACAACAGCAGGGCUCCCUGGGUGGUGUGUAUAAAUCUGUUGUACAUGCUCUUUCGAAGCCGAAGGCAAAUGUUUCCCCACAGAGGCAGAGCAGAGUGCCAGCAGAGGCUCCACUGAGGGAUCUGUACAGUCAUGUAAUGGGCUAUUUUGGAAAGAAAGCUGCAGCCAAUAGGGAGGAUAUGAGCCAAAAGCAGAUCCCUCUUGGUAAUGAUAAUGGCAGUAGUAAUGCAAAUAUUCCUGACCUCAUGGAUGAGUUUAUAGCCGAAAGACUACGCAGUGGUAGCUCUUUGAACGUGGCAAGAAGAGGAAGCAGUCCAGGAAGCUUAGAAGUACCAAAAGAUCUUCCUGAUAUAUUGAACAAGCAGAAUCAAAUGCGUCCUAUUGAUGAUCCCGGUGUACCUUCUGAAUGGACGUCUCCUGCCAGUGCAGGCAGCAGCGACCUUGUCAGUUCUGACAGCCAUUCUGAUUCCUUCAGUGCAUUCCAAUAUGAUGGCCAUAAAUUUGAAAAUUUCAGUGUAUGCCCUGAAGGUGGCACAACUUCUGCUGAAUCUGAUGCAGGUUCCGGCCCUCAGCAGAGUGCUGAAGAACAAGAAGUGGCUAGUUUGACUACCCUCCACAUUGACUCUGAGACCAGCAGUCUCAAUCAGCAAGCACUGUCUGCUGAAGCUGCUACAAUUACAGGUUCCGAAAGUGCUUCACCAGUUCAGUCUGCUCUUGGAUCACGGUCCCAGACUCCAUCACCUGCUACUUUGAGUGCAGAUCACAAUGAACAAAAGGACCUGCAAUUGGAUGAGAAACUCCACCACUCUGUUUUACAGACACCGGAUGAUCUAGAAACCAGUGAUUUUCCAUCUGAAUGUUGCAGUGUGAUGGCAGGAGGAACCCUGACUGGCUGGCAUGCAGAUGUAGCAACUGUAAUGUGGAGGCGGAUGCUAGGAAUUUUAGGAGAUGUCAAUUGCAUUAUGGACCCUGAAAUACAUGCUCAGGUUUUUGAUUACCUUUGUGAACUCUGGCAAAAUCUUGCUAAGAUUAGAGAUAAUCUUGGAAUUUCAAUUGAUAAUAUGAUAUCACCAUCUCCACCAGUCUUAAUUCCUCCAUUGAGAAUUCUUACUCCAUGGCUUUUUAAGGCAACUAUGUUGAGUGACAAGUACAAACAAGGCAAAUUGCAUGCUUAUAAGCUCAUUUGUAAUACAAUGAAACGAAGACAAGAUGUUUCUCCAAACAAGGACUUUUUAACUCAUUUUUACAAUAUAAUGCAUUGUGGACUGCUUCACGUUGAUCAGGACAUUGUCAAUACAAUCAUAAAGCACUGUUCUCCACAAUUUUUUUCACUUGGUUUGCCUGGUGCUACCAUGCUGAUAAUGGAUUUCAUUGUAGCUGCUGGCAGAGUAGCAGCAUCAUCUUUUCUCAAUGCACCAAGACUAGAAGCACAAGUUCUCUUAGGCUCUCUGGUGUGUUUACCCAAUUUAUAUUGUGAAUUACCAGCAUUGCACCCAAACACUCCUGAUAUUGUUGUGUCUCAGUUUACAGAAGUAAAGGAGCUGGUUAUCAAAACAAUAUUAAGCUCUGCAAAAGAGGAGCCAUCGGGACCUGCAAGGUGUGUUGCUAUUUGUAGCCUUGGCAUUUGGAUUUGUGAAGAACUAGUACAUGAAACCCAUCAUCCUCAGAUCAAGGAAGCUCUGAAUGUAAUCUGUGCUUCAUUGAAAUUUCCAAAUAAAACAGUUGCACAUGUGGCUUGUAAUAUGCUUAAUAUGCUGGUUCAUUAUGUACACAGGCUACAAUUGUACCAGUCUGAUUCACCAUUAAAAAUAAUUCAAAUAUUGAUAGCUACUAUCACUCAUCUCUUGCCCAGUACAGAAGCUUCUUCUUAUGAGCAAGAUAAAAGGCUGGUGGUAUCUCUACUUCUUUGUUUGUUGGACUGGACAAUGGCAUUGCCACUACGGACAUUAUUACAGCCUAUUAAUCCUGCAGCAUUUGAAAAUGAUAAAACUGAAAAAUCUGUUCUUAAUUACAUAUAUAAGGUUCUUCAUGGAUGUGUCUAUGGAUCUCAGUGCUUUAGUAACGUGAAGUAUUUUCCAAUGAGCCUGUCUGAUUUAGCAUCUUUGGAUUAUGAUCCUUUUAUGCAUUUGGAAAAUUUAAAAGAACCAGAACCACUCCAUUCACCUGAUUCAGAACGGUCUUCCAAACUCCAGCCAGUCACAGAAGUAAAAUCUCAUAUGCAACAAGGACUGAUCUCUGUGGCGGCUCGUACUGUGAUAGCUCAUCUGGUAAACCACUUAGGCCAUUAUCCAAUGAGUGGGGGGCCUGCUAUGCUAACAAGUCAAGUAUGUGAAAAUAAUGACAAUCCUUUCUGCGAGAACCUUGAACUUUCUCCUGAGCUUUUUGAGAACCCCAAUCUCCAGUUCUUUGUAUUAAAUAAUACCACAUUAGUUUCAUGUAUACAGAUAAGAGCCGAAGAGAACAUGCCUGGAGGAGGUUUGUCUGCUGGACUUGUCUCAGCCAAUUCAAACGUCCGAAUUAUAGUGCGGGAUCUGUCUGGGAAAUAUUCUUGGGAUUCUGCCAUCAUGUAUGGGCCUCCCCCUCUAUGUGGCCUAAGUGAACCAACCACUUUUAUGCUUUCACUGCCCCAUCAAGAGAAAUCAGAAAAUGCCUCAGAACCUCCUGCAUAUAUAGAAGAAAUGUAUGUAAAGGAUGGAAUUACUCUUCCACUAAAAAGAAGACUUAGAGACACUGUGCCAACAUGGGAUACUAUAAAGGAUGAACAAGAUGGUCUUGAUGAGCUUUUGCAAUAUGUGGGAAUCACUAGUCCUGAGUGUUUACAGAGGACAGGUGUGUCUCUCAAUAUACCUGCUCCUCAGCCUAUCUGUGUGUCAGAGAAGCAGGAAAAUGAUGUAAUCAAUGCAAUCCUUAAACAGGACACUGAAGAGAGAGAUUUUAUUGAAAAGCACUUCAGUGACUUAAAUAUGAAGGCUAUGGAGCAGGAUGAACCAAUUCCACAAAAGCCCUAUUCGGCAUUUUACUAUUGCAGGUUACUCCUUAGUAUUCUUGGAAUGAAUUCUUGGGAUAAAAGGAGAAGCUUUCAUCUUCUGAAAAAAAAUGAAAAACUACUUCGAGAACUUCGAAAUUUGGAUUCAAGACAAUGCCGAGAGACACACAAAAUUGCAGUAUUUUAUGUUGCUGAGGGACAAGAAGAUAAACACUCCAUCCUGACUAACACUGGAGGAAGCCAAGCAUAUGAGGAUUUUGUAGCAGGUCUUGGUUGGGAGGUGAACCUAACAAAUCAUUGUGGUUUUAUGGGAGGACUACAGAAAAACAAAAGCACUGGAUUGACCACUCCAUAUUUUGCUACCUCUAUGGUUGAAGUAAUGUUUCAUGUAUCAACCAGAAUGCCUUCUGAUUCAGAUGACUCCCUAACAAAAAAGCUUAGGCAUUUAGGAAAUGAUGAAGUUCACAUUGUCUGGUCAGAGCAUAUUCGAGACUAUCGAAGAGGAAUCAUUCCUACAGAAUUUGGAGAUGUACUUAUUGUUAUAUAUCCAAUGAAAAAUUACAUGUUCAGUAUUCAGAUUAUGAAAAAACCUGAGGUCCCAUUCUUUGGUCCAUUAUUUGAUGGUGCUAUUGUAAAUGGAAAAAUUCUUCCUAUUAUGGUUCGAGCAACAGCUAUAAAUGCUAGCAGAGCUCUGAAAUCGCUCAUUCCAUUAUACCAAAAUUUCUAUGAGGAAAGGGCUCGGUAUCUCCAAACAAUUAUUCAACACCACCUAGAUCCUUCAACGUUUGAGGAUUAUGCAUCUCAGGUCUUCUGCCCAGCAUCCUGCCACCAUUUGCCCCCUGAAACUGGGCCCUACCCAGAGGCUCAGGCGUCCGAAGUUCCAGCAGCAGCGCAGAUGGACAGGUCCGAUCUAGCUUUCCCCAUUUCUCCACGGACUAGCAAGAGUCGCAUGUCCAUGAAACUGCGGCGAUCCUCCGGCUCAGCCUACAAGACUUAGCGAGGGGUAAAGGCUCCAGCCUCUUUUAUCAAGGCAUAAAUUUCUCCUCUAUGAAGAAUAUUGUUCCUUCAUUCCUCUGCUCUUAUUUUUAUUUUAAAGAAACAUGGAAUUUUAUUUCAAAAUGAAAACAUUUUAGCUUUUGUGUUAGAAUAUUCAGCUUCCCGCUAAUCAUAGUUUAUCAAGGCAGAGUAUUUCUGCACAGAAACACAGAAACUGUGUUUCUUUUUUUAUACUUUUCCUUGUGAGACGAAAGUAAGGCUCUUUUAACAUCUGUGAUUAAUUACUAGCCACCCCUGAAGCUGGAAACUGCAGGCAUGUUCCACUCUUAUUUAUUGUAUAACCCUUUCAAAAUAAUAAAGAUGUCAUCUUCAAAGGGAUGCAUGUAUACUUUUCAACUAAAAUGUAUUUCCAGAGUUCUCCGCAAAUAUCACUAGAAUUCACAGAAUUAUGUACAGAGUUAUUAUAUUAUAAGAAUAAACCAAGUUAACAGAGACUCUUCCUCAGCUCCAUUAUUCUCAUUCACUGUUGGACAGACUUAACAGCAAGUAUUUACUGUUAAGUAUCAACAGCUUCCAACUUCCUUGCUAAACAUUUGCUUUUCUUUUGGCCCUAUUGGCACAAUCUUUCUCUUCCAAAAGUUGAGAUCGUCCCUUGGUAUACCUGUAUAAGUAUACAUAUGUACAAUCACCUAUUUUCAAGCACUUUGCCACUUCAGUCAUUUGCUUUCAAUCAAGUAAUAUCAGGGGGGUGGGGGGGAGGCUGUGCCCUUAUAGUAGCAAAUAUAUACACAAAUACAUUCCACUCCAAUUUGUCACUACUACUCAGAAAUAUUUUCAUAAUGAAGAAAUUCAACUGUGUUGUUUGCCGUAUUCUGCUUUAACAAAAAUGUAGCAUGCCACUGGUACUAACUGCAUGUGUAAAUAUAUGUUCCUCACCUGGGCAACUAUAGAACUAUAUAUUGAUGUAUUUGUUCGCCAUGUAGUAUAUACAAAUUUGUAAUGGUUGAAGAAAAGACAUGCUAUUUAAUAAUACAAUAAAAUUAUUCUUACCA